AGACAUGGAUUGUUUGUGUGCCAUUCAAAGGGUGAAUGGGCAAUACAAGCGAUUUUAAGUGCCUUUGAACGGGGUAUGUUAGUAGGUGCCAAUAUUAGGAAGGUGUUCCUAAUGUUUGGUAUAGUCAGUAUAUGGCAGUAUGACAGUCAUUGUAGUUGGCUUUUGCUGUUACAAUAAUGUCAGAUUCAUGGUGCACAACUUCACCUCAAGGUUCCUAGUAGUGUAUUCUAGUUUUCAAUUAAUCUUGAGUAUUAUGGGUAAACAGCCUGUUUGGGUCUUCUACCUUGCCAGGUCUACAUUGGGUAAUGUAAGGGAGAAAACCUACAGUGCUGCUUCUCUAUUAUUAUACCUGUGAAAAAUUAUUUGUUUGUGAAUUUGUGACUCCCCUUCAAACAAAAUGGUCUCCCCAUCACCCCAUUGAACUUCUAAUAUAUCCCCUCAUGUUUUGUUAAUUUUGUCUAUGUUCUGUGACCACUCUCAGCUGGCCUGAGAGAUGAGCAUUACUCAUUUGAAAUCAUGUUUUGACCGAGAACGGACCAAUGUUAUACUUUUCCCCUCUAUUGUACCUUGUUUCUAACCUUUCACCAUACACAUUCUGUGGCAAUAUAGCUGUUUUUCUUUCUGCUGGCAAGCACUUCAGUACGUGUUAAAUUAUUAACAUUUAAAUCACUGUUAGUUAUCUGGUUGUCAUUUUGUUGACUUGUCAAAUGCAUGAACAUUGAUUUCAAAUUGAAAUAAUACUUCUCCGUUUCCACAUUGUGUUUACUUGAUUUGCUGCAAUUUACAGUGAAUACAAAUAAUGGAAUGAAUGGUUUCCAUGGACUUGUCAGUCGCUAGAUGGCACUAUGCGCCUAUUUUAAACAUUUUGGAACUCUCAUUACCUUCUUAUCAAGACGUGCUUGUUAACAGGACAAACAGGAAGUGCGUAAGGUUUGGGAGAGUAGUUGAAAAGUAUUGUGGCUAAUGUAAAGAAUUACGUUUACGGUGCGUCGAGGAAUUGCCGAGUAAAUUGCAUUUGUUGUAACGAGGUGGUCUAUAUAAAUACAAGUCAACCAUUGCUCCUUUUAUAAUUACAGUCGGAUACAUGUAGCCAGCCAGAUUUUACGCAGAGACUACAAAGGCGUUGAUUGAUUGCGUGAUGAUGUGUGCAAUAGCUCUUUCUUCUUACUAGAUCAUUAUUUUAGGAUUGGUUUAGACUGAUAGAGUAGAAUAGCACCUGGUUACGACGUGGAGUGACGAUGACAUUACAAGUGGGUUGCCUAUCAUUCAAGCAGCCGUAUGCAGGAUUAGUACUGGACGGUGUAAAAAGUAUUGAGACACGUUGGCGCCCUCUGCUAUCCACAAUGGAAAACUGCACUCUAGCUAUUCAUAUUGCGCAGAAGGACUGGGAGGCCGACCAGUGGAGAGACAUCCUCACCCAUACACUGGGAAUGAGCCACAUGCAAAUAGAGGAACUUCUAGCAUCCGGAGACAGAUUUGGCCGUGGAGUCGUAGCAGGCUUGGUGGAAGUGGGGGAGACCUGGUGCUGCUCUGACAAUGUGCCAGAGAAGGAUCUGAGGGAGCUGGAGAAGGCAGCAGUGCACACUGGGCUCACAGAGAAACACCUCACACAGCUGUCAAACCCACGCUGGCUCAAGGAACCCCUUUAUGCCAGAGGUCACAAAGACAUAUGGACAGUAGAUAUCCCAGUGCAAUUACUGCCAUCUGCGUAGUUGUAAUAAAAUAAUGUAUACUCAUUUUGUACUGACAGGAUCAUCUAUCAAGUUAGGGAGGCAAUAUAUUUGUAGACUACUCGCAUUCGAUUUAAGGUGCAAUAAAUGACCAAUGGACCAAAGUAUUGUCAAGGUUAUUGUAUAUCCUGCAUGUCUAAAAUUCAUAUAGACACCAUAACUUUGUUGCCAUAGGCAUUUAUUAUGAAUCUAGAUCUGUUUGCAGGGAGAAUGGGAGGUCUGAAUCAUUGGAGAACUGUGGGAGGUGAAUCCCUGUGGCAGGGAGAAGGUAAAAGAGGGCAAGGGUGCCAUGCCUGCCAUCACUAAUGGAAGACAGAAGGAUAUCCAGGUGGUGGUCAUGUAGGUCUGGAGCUGGGCUGGACAAGCUGCUCGGGCAUUCCUCUUUGAGAACUGGGUAGUCAACCAGUGCUUGGGCUGCUGUUCCUGUGUUCUUCAGCCUCCUGGCCUGAAGUUCAAAGGGUCUGGUGCCAACGAUAUGGCUGAAGUGCUUGGGAGUGGAUCUCUGCAGGUUCAGCCCAGUCCGAGUCCCAUUGCCUGUAUCUGCUAUGCUGGUGGCCAGCGCUGGUCUCAAUGCUGUUACCUGAUUUCUCCCUCCCAUCCCCAGCCGCGCCCUCAGAGCAUGCGCAGACCAGCUGGCCGGUGUGUUUACGGACAUAUUCAAUCAAUCCCUAUACCAGUCUGCUGUUCCCACAUU